GCGGGGCGUGCCAGGGAUAAAUAGAGGGCAAACUCCUCUCCCGUGCGUAAACGCGCAGAGCGCUGCGCCUCGAUGCGAUUCGCAGCUCUCAGAUUGUCAGUGAAUUAAUUAACAUUCGGAUGUAUCGAAUAGGCAUUUUGGGAAUGAAGUCAAACAUCCACCCGAUUAAGAAACAUUUCGUGGUAAUGUCAAAUAUGGAGCGUUUAUUCCUGGACUGACCAAUGAUCCAGCCGUCCAUCAGCACCGCAUCCACUUCUGUCAGAUAGAUGCGCGAGCUGUUACUGGGGAUGUUUUGAACUUUAGGAAGCAGUUUCCCCACCACGUGGCUCCCGGAAAGAUAUUGGAAAACUAUUGUUUUAAACGUUUUGCGCGUUGCGUAAUUUGCCGGAAAAUGCGCUCAUGCUUUAGUCAGGCUGAACAUGAUGGGAACGAUCUCUGCCGGAAGGCGUUCGUCGCAGCAUGUGUGUUGUAAACGCAGCAGAAACAAGGAUGAGAGUGCUUAAUGUGGUCGGGAGAGGACGGCAUCAGAUGGUGGUGGCCUUGUGGCUGUUCUUGGUUCUGACGAAGAGCGGAGCAGUAUCCAGAUGUGAAGGCCAUGCCUGCAGUCCACCAAUCAGGAACGUGGCGACUGGCAGGACCCUCUUCACCCUCUCAAGCUGCUGCGGGAACAACUCCUUCCACCACAGAACUUGCCCAAAUCCAGACCCCCUCUGCCCCGAGGACACCCACCCAUCCGCCCACAUGACUGACGACCCUUUCUUGCAUCCGGAUACCUGGUGGGCAUCAGGCGCAGGCAUCGGGAUGCAGGACGAGAUCCAGUUGGAUCUGGAAACACAGUUCUGUCUGUCCCACGUGGUUUUAGUGUUCCGGUCACCUCGGCCCGCUGCCAUGGCCAUAGAGCGCUCGGCUGACUUUGGAAAGACCUGGGAAGCUCUCAAACUAUUUGCGCACAAUUGCAGCGUGGAGUUUGGCUUGCCUGACGAUUUGACUCAGCCGGGCUCCUUGUGUACGUCCCGUUACGCCAGCGCUACACCCUGCAGCGGGGGGGAGGUGAUAUUACGUACACUCGACCCCGGCAGUGUAACAAGACUGGACCCGUACAGUCCAGAGACCCUCGCUCGCCUCGCCCUCACCAAUCUCCGCGUCCGACUGCUAAAAGCUCAGACCUGCCCGGAGUUGACAAGCCCCACCGCCGCCUCUGAAGCUCUAACUUCAACGGCCAACCGAGGAAGCCCAGCUUCAGCGCCUUAUGCUAUUUAUACUUUACUGGCCAGUGGGACCUGCCUGUGCCACGGACACGCCGAGCACUGUUUACCACACGACAGCAGUCAAGAUGGGAGACAAGACAGUUACAUGGUGCCCGGCAGGUGUCUUUGUACUCACCACACAGCGGGAGACCACUGUGAGAAGUGUGCCUCGCUCUACAAUGACCAUCCCUGGAGGCCGGCCAACAGCAGCAGCGGGGAGUCCAACCCGUGCCGCAAGUGCCAGUGUCACGGCCACGCAGACAGCUGUCACUUCUCUCAGCGGGCAUGGCUCUCCUCCGGUGGCACCAGUGGGGGAGUUUGUGAUGGCUGCAGACACAACACUGCCGGGCGCAGGUGCAAGCGCUGUCGCCACGGCUACCACCGCCACCCAUCGCUGCCCCUCAACUCCCCCAACGCAUGCACGCGCUGCUGGUGUGAUCCACAGGGCUCUUUGCCAACUCAUCCAGGAGAGGAGGGACCGUGGUGUCACCCUAGAAGCGGGCAGUGCCACUGCAAAUAUGGUGUGGGCAGCACAAGCUGCAACCACUGCCUUCCUGGCUAUUGGGGUUUUGGAGAGCAGGGCUGUAAACCCUGUGCGUGUCCUCGCAACUGUGAUCCAACCACUGGACAGUGUCUGCACAGCGACUCAAAUAACCAAGUGCUCAAUGUGCCCAUUGGUGGGAGAAUUCCUGAUCUGGAUCACAUGGUCACAAUAGAAGAAGGGGUACAGUGGUCGAAGGAGCUUGCGGUCUCUGCUAUGCAUUACACAGGGAAGUGUAACUGUAAGGAAAAAAAGCUCAGAAGUGUAUCGGACCUCUGUAAGAUCCACCAUGACUACGCGAUCAAGGCCAUUGUGCUGUCUGCUCAGGACAAAGGCAGCCACGCAGAAGUGCAGGUCAAAGUUCGCAAGGUCCUCCAAUCAGGCAAGGUGCCACUCUACCUGGGCACCAUCAGCAUCUAUCCUCUGUCCUGGACCAGCCGCGGCUGUACCUGUCCAAUUCUAAACCCAGGUAUGGAGUACCUGCUGGCAGGCCCGGAGGAGGCCGGGACUGGGCGUCUCCUGGUCACCAUGCAAAGUGCGGUGGUGCCAUGGACCCCACAGCUCGGUCAUCUUAUGUCAGAGGGUCUGAGAAUCGGAUGCGCGUGAUUUCAGAUCAGGGAUUGAAACGCCCUCGACAACAUGCUGCGUGA